UUUUUUGUGACAGUUUCGUUCGUCACAUUAUUUUUGUUAGAACAUUUCCUGCCGUUGAUGUACGUUCCUGCGAAGCGUGCAGUAGACUGAGCGGAUUACCGGUACCACCAUAUACUCAUGUACCUCGCCGGAGUUUGUAGAAACUGCUAAACCAAAUACUUGCAGAAGAAUAGAUUAUAAUGAUCGAAUUUGACGUUGAAUUGGACAAAACACCUCUGACAGCAAAUGAAAAUGCGAUAAAAACAGCAAAACAGCAGGGAACAACGGAAAAUACAGGUGCAAGUACAGAAAAUACGACAAGAAUAGCAAGACAAGGAACAACGGAAAAUACUAGUAUCAUAAAUGAUGGUUCUGUCACAUUAUAUAUAACAUCGUGCGAAAAUGAGACUCCAGAUCUUUGCAUUCAAAAAUUAAAAACGGUUUUUCCGAAAUUGAAUGUGACUAGUACAGUUCAAACGGAAUAUGGCUUAAUAAUAAAUUUACAAAAUGAUACGUUUCUUCAAAAAGUGUUGCAAAUGGAUUUAGCAAAAAUAUUUGGAGGUCCUGUACAGGCAGUAUCUUUAUAUUCUGGCCAGUACAAAAAAAUUGUCAGAUUUAAGGAAAUUCCUUGGUGCAUCCGAAACGAAGAAAUCGAAAAUUGUUUGAAAAGACAAGGUGUAUCGUACUCCAAGUUGACGAGGAAAAAAUCUACGUUGUACGUUGAAGUAUCGGAUUUUACAAAUUACCAAAGACUACGAGAAGAGGGAAUAAACUUCUACGAUUCUGUGGUCCUUCCAUCUUCUGAAGAUGGAGGAAUAAAUGAGGAGAUUUACUGCAAUAAUACCAAUAUAAUACAAUGCUACAAAUGUCAAGGGUUCUGGCAUAAAGCAAAUACCUGCAAGCAAAGCAUUAGAUGUGUUAGAUGUGGGGAGGAACACCUAGUAGAACACUGUGACCGCCCAAAAAGUAGCCCUAUUUGCUGCAACUGCAAGGGACCCCACCACGCUGCCUACAAACUUUGUCCUGUGAGACUCAAAUUGCAAAAAUCCGUAAGAGUGUCGUUUACUUUCGAACAAUAAUAUCAAAUACGGAGGAAGUAUGCUAAAUUUGUAAAAUGAAUACUAUAAAUUAAAUAAUUAAUUUGGAUGUUUUGGUAACUAACAUAUUCGGUCAUCAUCAUGCUAAUAAAAUAAAACUAUACGAAAU